AUGGCAGAAGCGUCUAGUUUGAUCGGGAAGCUUGAGACAGAAGUGGAACUCAAAGCUUCUGCUGGAAAGUUUCAUCACAUGUUCGCAGGGAGACCACACCAUGUCUCCAAAGCAACUCCAGGCAAGAUUCAGAGUUGUGAGCUGCACGAAGGCGAUUGGGGCAAAGUCGGUUCAAUUGUCUUUUGGAACUACGUUCAUGGCAAGUGA